AGUUCUUACAGUUUUUGCUUCCUUCUUCCAGGCUAGCUCCAGUACCCCAGCCAGCACCCCAACACAAUCCCCAGCAGCAACCCCAUCCUCAGGCUCUACCCAGGGAGACCUGGACCUGUUCAGUGAGACUGGUGGUUGAGUUGGCAUUAAGGGGGAGGACACCAGGGCCAAGAAACACCUCUCCAAGGACUCCAUCCUGUCCCUGUAUGGGAACACCAGUAUGCCUCAGAUGCCCCAGCACCAGCAGGCCCCGCCUGCUGGUAUAUACAUGAACCCCGCCCAGAUGCAGUUUCCAGUAGGCAUCCCCCAGCAGCAGGUCCCCACUGGCUACCAGGCCUUUCCUGGCAUGGGCACGGGCAUGCCCCCCACCACCGUCAUGGGUGCCAUGAUGGCUCAGAGCGGAGCCGCCAUGAUGGGACCCAACACAGGCAUGAUGGUUGGCAUGACGAUGCCCAACGGUUUCAUGGGACAAGCGCCUGCGGCCGGGAUGGUUGGCAUGGCUCCGAGGAUGAUGGGGGUACCCCAGGGGGGGAUGCCCGGGGGUAUGGUGCCCGCUCAGGGCAUGCAGGGGAUGUAUGCCGUCCAGCCUGGGCAGCAGGGCCAGUGGAACAUGGGACAGAUGAACCAGCAGAUGUCAGGGAUGAGUCUGAACGGUGCCGGGGGGGGGGGGCAUGGCCUUCGGUCAGCCUGCCUCCACCAUGGGAGGCUGGGCCGCUUCACCCUCCGGUCAGACAUUCAGCACACAGCUCUGGAAGUGACCCACAUGGAGGUCAAAGAUCAGGGAUUGGGGGUCAGGGCAGCGGAAGAGGGGGUCUCAACCAGGGGGUCCGAAAUUCAACAUCCAACCCCCCCAGCAACCUUACUAUGAACUGAUGCCCGUUCUCCAACUGUUACUGACCAGUCUCCAACAUCAAGCUUAUUUAUCUGUCUCUGUUCGCAUACUGAAGAGAAGCAUCCUUUCUUCAGGUAAGCACAGAUCCAUUGGUGAUUGGACAAGUGAAAGCAAAGUGACGGUCUUAUUACUCUGACUGGCCCAACCAAAUCAGAUCAGUGAUUACUUCAAGGAAGGAAGCAUUUCUGAAGUAUUCAAACGGGGCACAUCUCUCUCUCUCUUUGUCUCUUUCUGUCUAUCUAUCCCUCUGUCUUUCAGUCUCUCUUUUGUGAGUGAAUUGGGCGUCAUCAUACAUACACCAUCAUACGCAGGAUGGCAGUCUGUGCCUGUUAUGUGUUAGAAAUCAUAACUCUUUUAAUUUUCCUUUUUUGGAUAAAAAAAAAUUAGCCCUGUAACACAACAAUGACAUCAUCGACAACAUAUCGAAAAAGCUGCAGGACCAGUUACACAAGCUUUUAUUGUAUCAUUAUUAUAAAAAAUUAUUAUAGAGAAUUAAAGAAUAGUAUUUAAACUUUGGGAGAAGACAUGGCUAUCAUUUCUGUGAAUACUGCUCUCCUAUGUACAGCUCUGUAUAACCUUCUUUUAAAGUACCUGUGGUUCCCCUACAAAAUAAAGUAUGAUAAACUGUG